AUGCCCCUCCAACCCCUCUAUCAUUUUGUACUAUAUUUACUUUUCGGUAAAAACCUGUUGUUUGUGCAUUGCCUAGCCAGUGAGUGCGACAUUCCCACGAAUCAGCCUCUUCUGCAAGCAACUGGCACGAUCAGCACGUCUCAGCUUGUCUUGUCUGGUGUCGUCAUGUUUCUUGUCUGUGAUGAGAUAGCUCAGGCAAGGUACGUAUUGAAACCUCUCAGGCCAUUGAUCUGCCUGAAAAGCGCAUUAGCCUUGAUCUAA